AUGGGCCGACUCAAUCGGUUGUACAAAACCGACCGGGCCCGUGACUUCGACCAUGAAACAGAUCGCUAUGUGCGCAUGCAACAAAUUUACGAUACAAUAGAUCGUCAAAGGUUUCAAUGGAUUGUCGUUUUUGUCGCCGGUGUCGGCUUCUUCCUCGAUGGAUAUACUCUCUUCGCUAGCAAUAUCGCUCUUCCUAUGAUCACAUAUGUCUAUUGGCAGAACGAUGUAAGCUCGAAACGAUCAACCUUCAUUAACAUCGCUACCCUGGGAGGGACAUUACUGGGACAGGUCGCCUUUGGAUUUUUGGCCGAUAAAAACGGUCGCAAGAAGAUGUACGGUGUAGAAUUGGUGCUCCUAAUCACGUCGACUUUGGGCGUCACCAUGGCAUCGACAGGAGAACACGCCAGUAUGAAUAUAUUUGCUUGGCUGAUCUGGUGGCGCAUUGUGACUGGUAUCGGCGUUGGUGCCGAUUAUCCCCUCAGUGCUGUCAUCACUUCUGAAUUCGCCCCGACGAAGCACCGCGCUCGCAUGUUAGCGGCUGUCUUUUUCAUGCAACCUUUAGGCCAGGUCGCUGGUAAUCUUGUUUCGCUUAUUGUCGUCGCUGUCACCAGAGGCAACGGUAACGACGACCCCAUUCGGUCUGUAGACAUCAUGUGGCGCUGGGUCAUUGGCAUUGGAGUUGUUCCUGCAGUGGUGGCUUCUCUCUUCCGAUUCGCUAUCCCGGAAACCCCUCGUUAUCUACUUGAUAUUGAUAACGACCCAAUCAAAGCCGAGUUUGAUGCCAGUGCAUUGUUUGGCGAACAACUCGCCGAUGUGGAUCCAGAGUUCGAUCGACCUUGGGACGGAUCGACGCUCCCUGCUUCGUCAAGCUUCUCGCAAGUAAGUGCCGGUUCUAUCGACGGCUCUUCAGUUGUUGGCGGUAGCAUUUCUACAAAUACCGAGUAUACAUUACAUCCCCCAACUCUACAAUCUCACUGGCGCCUGGCCUAUACCGAUAUGGUGCAUUACUUCUGGACUGAAGGUAAUUGGCGCACCUUGGUGGGAACGUCGCUUGCCUGGAUGUUUCUCGACUUUGGCUUUUAUGGCAUUGGCCUUUCAAGUCCUCAAUUCCUGGCCAAAGCUUGGGGUUCCUUGAAUUUACAUGGCCCUGCACCUUCGUGGAAGACUGAUGACAGCCCGAACGCCAAUAUAUUCACCAUGUUCUUCAAUACAUCCGUCCAUGCCAUGGUCAUUCUGAACACAGGCAGUGUCAUUGGAGGCCUAUUGCUUAUCCUUAUAGCACCCAAAGUCAAUCGUGUCUCUCUCCAGAAAUAUGGAUUCCUUACUCUAGCGGCUCUGUUUAUCGCCAUGGGCGUCAUGUUCAUCACAACCCACCAAGAGGGGCCGGUUGCAGUAGUGCUGUACAUUAUUGGGCAGCUGCUAUUCAACCUUGGCCCUAAUGCCACCACCUACAUGAUCCCCGCCGAAGUAUUCCCCACCCGCUACCGCGCUUUCUGCCAUGGCCUGAGUGCCGGGGCUGGCAAACUAGGCUCUAUCCUAGUCCAGCUUCUCUCGGCCUACUACAACAUUGGCAGCAGUGGCGCGGGUAACGAUGAAACGCAACGAUAUGGCUGGAUUCUGGUUGUGUUCAGUGCCGCUAUGAUCGUUGGCGCCGGCGUCACGCAUUUCUUCAUUCCGUCAAUCCAGAGCAAGAGAAGAGGCGUGCGAACAUGCAGCGUUGCGAAUUUUUGGGGUGGCGAAAAGGAAAAGACCUUGGAAACCCUGGCGCUUGGUCGACUGGGCGAGAGCAGUCGAUACGCGGUGCGACGAACGAGAACUGUACAUCGAGUACAUGUCCGAGGGGCUUACGAGCCAUAA